UCUGACACAGAUAUUUACAUGUGUGACGUUGGAACCAUGCAGAGCCGGGCACAGCUGACAGUGCAGGGUGAGGUCAUUGGCCUGCCAGAGUUGUAUUGAUUAUGUCACAAAUACAACAACUUUGAAGCAUGUGAAGUAGAAUGCACAUAAACAUUAUUUCUGUGUUUUUUUUAUUUAUUUUUUUGUCAGGCCAGAAAGUUUUGAUCUUAGAAGAACUGGAAGAUGCAGAGUGUCUAGAGGGUGACACCGUCACCUUUAAAUGUCGUAUCUGUCCCCAUGACUAUGCUGGGGUCAAGUGGUACCUGGAUGAGACUCUGCUUUACACCAAUGAGCUCAAUGAGAUCAAGAUGAUUACAGGAGGCUACCACACACUAACUUUUACCCAGCUUGCUCGCAAAGACACUGGAACUAUUUCCUUUUCAGCCGGAGACAAAAGAUCCUACGCCUCCCUGUUGGUCAGAGAAAGACGUCCCACGAUUACCAAAGCUCUGGAGGACUGUGAGGCCGUUGAAGGAGGGGGCUUGAUUUUGUCCUGUGUGACCUCUAAGCCGUGUCACAUCCUGUGGUACAAAGAUGGAUGCCUGAUGUGGAGCUCCUCCAGAUACUUUGCCAGUCGCUCUGGCUGUGAGGCUCGGCUGACUAUUCGGGAAGUCUGCAGCACAGAUGCUGGGGUGUACGAGUGCAGCGCUGGAUCUGUCACAACUACAGCAGUUGUCAGAGUCAAAGCCAUUCCUGCAGAGUUUACCCAGUCUCUAUCUGCAGUGGAAGCCAAAGAAGGAGAAACUAUUACUUUAACCUGUGAAUACUCUUUGCCUGGAGUCCAGUUCCAAUGGAGGAAAGGUUUUGAGAUGAUCAGACCUACAGACAGGUUUGUCAUGAAACAGAGGAAAACUGUUAUUUCUCUGACAAUCAAAGCCCUGAGGCUGGAAGAUUCAGGAGAGUACAUAUGUCAGUGCAGAGACCACCACACAACAGCAAGCCUGAAGGUACAAGCGAUUCCAAUCACAUUCACCAAACAUCUAAAGAGCCUGCAGGCUGAGGAAGGCAGUAGUGUUAUCCUGCGUUGUGAAAUUUCCAAACCUGGAGUACCAUUGGAAUGGAGAAAGGAGCAGGAACUCUUGAGGAACGGUGUGAAGUACCAGAUAAGGAGGAGAGAGACAACCCUGGAGCUCCUGAUAUGGAAGCCCGUGCCAGAGGACAGCGGACUCUACAGCUGUGUUUGUGCUGAUCAGAUGACAUCGGCGACUGUUAAGAUCACUGCUCUACCGGUAACCUUCAAGCAAAAGUUGAGGAAUGUGACGAUUGAGGAGGGAAGCACUGCAACGUUACGCUGUGAGCUUUCGAAGCCUGGACACAGUGUAGAGUGGAGGAAAAGAGGGAAUGAAGUGAUCAGGAAUGGAGAAAAGUACCACAUGAAGCAGAGAGAUAUGCUUUUUGAGCUGAAGAUCUUCAAUGUAACGCUUGAGGACAGUGAUAUCUACACGUGCACUUGUGGGGAUGCUGAGACUUCUGCUACACUAACAGUUAAUGUCCUUCCUAUUACAUUCAAUCAAAAGCUGAAGAACCUUCAAGUGGAGGAGGGACACAACAUCACACUGCACUGUGAGAUCUCCAAACCUGGUGCUCCAGUGGAGUGGAGGCUGGGAGGAGAGCCGCUGGAGAAUGAAGAGAAGUACCAGAUAAAGCAAAGAGAAGGCCUCCUGGAGCUGACGAUCAUUGAUGCUGUACCAGAGGACAGUGGCAUCUACAGCUGUGUGUGCAGAGACCAGAAAACAAAAGCUACUGUUAAAGUCGUUGCGGUUCCUGCCUCAUUCAUGGUGCCUCUUAAAAGUCAAGAGGCAGAAGAAGGGAAAAGUGUCACGUUAGUGUGUGAACUGUCAAAGGCAGGAGUUCCUGUUCAGUGGCUAAAGGAUGGAGUGGCGCUGACGAAGGAGGGAAAGUAUGAGAUGAACCUUGAAGGAAAGAAAGCUCUGAUGACUAUUUUAAAUGUGCAGCCAGAAGAUGCAGGAAGGUACAGCUGCAUUGUGGGAGAUGAGAAGACCACAGCGGAAAUUCGGGUAAAACGACUUCCUGUCAUCUUUGAACGGGCGAUCCAGAGCAUGGUGGUAAUAGAAGGAGACAGUGGGACUUUCUCCUGUGAACUCUCCAAACCUGGAGCUCCAGUACAGUGGAGAAAAGGUAAAAUCAUCCUGAAAUCUGGAGAGAAAUAUGACAUGAAACAGGAGGGCCGUGUCACUCAGCUGCUCAUUAACAACGUGGAGGAAAGUGAUGGCGGCAAAUACACCUGCAAGACCAAAGACAGCCUGUCGACAGCUGAGCUCAUCGUCCAAGCUUUACCACCAAAAUUUAAGACGGCAUUAGCGAACCAAGCGGCGACAGAGGGUAACAGCGUAGUUCUGCGCUGUGAGCUUAACAAGCACGCUCCAUCAGUGGAGUGGAGGCGAGAAGGAGAACCGCUGAAGAACGGAGACAAGUACCAGAUCAGGAAGAAGGACCUGCAAAUCGAGAUGAAAAUCACCGACCUCGCCGUGGAGGACACGGGAGAAUAUACCUGCAUCUGUGGAGAAGAGAGAACAACUGCGAGGAUUGAAGUAAAUGAACGGCCGGUCAAAUUCCUUCAAGAGCUGAGGAACCUUCAGGUGCAGGAAGGAAAUGGAGUGACCCUUUGCUGUGAGCUCUCCAAAACGGGGCUGCCAGUGCAGUGGAAGAAAGGCGACAAAGUGCUGACCGUCGGAGAGAAAUACCAGAUGAAACAGAGCGGCUGCAUGCAGGAGCUGCUCAUCAGGAAAAGUCUGCCUGAAGACGGCGGCAUGUACAGCUGCGAGUGUGACGACGUAAGAACCACUGCAACCGUCACCAUAACCGCAAUUCCAGUGAGCUUCAAACAGAAGCUGAAGAACCAGGAGGCCGUGGAGGAAAGUUCUUUGACGUUGCACUGUGAGCUUUCUAAACCAGGAGUGGAAGUGGAGUGGAGGAGAGAUGCUCAACUGCUGAAGGAAGGAGAAAAAUAUCAAAUGAAACUGGAGGGUCGGGUGGCCGAGAUGCUGAUUAGAAAUGUAACUCUGGCUGAUGCUGGGGAGUACAGCUGCUUUGCAGGAGCAGUUGGGACUUCUGCCGACAUCAAAGUCAGAGCCCUUCCUGUUACGUUUAGACGAGAGCUCGGAGACGUGGAGGUGAAGGAAGGAGACAGCGGGGUUCUCUGCUGUGAGCUCUCCAAACCUGGAGCUCGGGUGGAAUGGAGAAAAGGCAGAGUCAUCCUGAAACCUGGUUACAAGUACGAGAUGAAACAGGAGGGAUGCGUAGCCAAGUUGAUCAUCAACAACAUUGAGGAGAGCGACGCCGGGAAAUACAUCUGCAAGACUGAAGACAGCCAGUCAUCUGCUGAGCUCACAGUUAAAGCCCCACCAGUGACUUUCAAAACAAAGCUGAGGAACCAGCAGGUGGAGGAGGAGAGCAGUGUGAUCCUGAGCUGUGAGCUCUCCAAACCCGGCCUCGCCGUGGAGUGGAGGAAAGGAAAGGAGCUGCUCGCCAACGACUUCAAGUACCAGAUCAAAAACCGAAACAGCCUCAUGGAGCUGAUCAUCAAAAAUGCACAACUGGAGGACAGUGGACUCUACAGUUGUGUCUAUGGAGACACCAAGACCACGGCCAAUGUUACUAUCACAUCCAUUCCUCUCACCUUUAAAAUGGGCCUGAAGAACCAGGAGGCCCCUGAAGGAGGAAACGUAUGCUUACGCUGUGAGCUGUCCCGGGCCGGCGUCCCUGUGCAGUGGUGGAAGGGAGAAGAUCAGCUGAGUCAUGGGGGACGAUUUCAGAUGAGCCAGAAGGGGAAGACGGCUGAGAUGACCAUCCGUAACAUCCAGCCGGAGGACGUUGGAGAGUACAGCUGCGUCUUUGGUGGCCAGAAAACGACGGCGGAGGUCAACGUCAGAGCGGCGGCGUCCGUUUUCUUUGAGAAAGAACUGGAGAGCCAAGCGGUGAUGGAGGGAAAACCGGUUCUGCUUUCUUGUGAGGUCUCCAGCGCCAACGUUCCUGUCACCUGGAGGAAGGACAACACCGUAAUGGAAGCAGGAGGUCGUUAUAAUCUAAAGAAAAAAGGCUCCAUACACACUCUGGAGAUCGAUAACAUUCAGCCGGAGGAUGCUGGGGAGUACUGCUGUGUGACCAGAGGAAAGAAGACCACCGCCAAGCUGGUUGUAAGAGAGCGCGUUCGGAUUGUUAAAGAGCUUCAGGACAUGAGAGUGACAGCUGGAGAGGACGCCGUUUUUGUGUGUGAGCUGAGCCAUGCAGAUGUGAGUGAAGGUGUCUGGUGGCUCGGAUCCAGCCCUCUGCAGAAGAAUGAGAUGAACCAGAUGACGUGCCGCGGUCGACAGCACCGCCUGGUCCUCAGCAUGACAACACCCGAGGAAUCUGGGAUUGUGGCGUUUGUCGUCGGUGACGAGAGGACCUCUGCACGUCUGCUAGUGGAUCCUAAACCCAAAGUUUUCUUUGAGGAGAGGCCAAAAGAUGUUGCUGUUAUAGAAGGAGAAACAGCCAGCUUGUGUUGCACCACCUCUGACCACACCUCCUUGGUCACCUGGAGGCGCAACCAAGUUCCCCUUCAAAAUAGUGACAAAUAUGAGAUGCAGAAGAAAGGAAAAGUCAACCUGCUGCUCAUUCAUGAUGUCGAGCCUCAAGAUGCGGGCUCUUACAGUUGUGAUACAGGCGAUGAACACAGCAGUGUCAAACUCACAGUAACAGAACUUCCUCCAUUUUUCCAGGAGGAGCUUCAGAAUGUGGAGGCAGAAGAAGGAGGUUCAGCAGCUUUGUACUGCGAGCUUUCCAAACUAGGUGUUCCUAUUCAGUGGAAGAAGGACAGACUGGCACUCAAAUCAAGCAGGAAACAUGAGAUGAGGCAGGACGGCUGCUUCCUUCAGCUUUACAUCAAAGAGCUGAAGCUUGAGGACAGCGGAACGUACUCCUGUCAGGCCGGGAGCGCAGAAACCGCUGCGUCUUUGAGGGUUACAGAGCUCCCACCGUUCUUUAAGAAAGAAUUGAGAAGUGUGGUGGUCGAUGAAGGAGGGACGGCCUCACUGAAGUGUGAAAUGUCCAAGGCUGGUGUCUGUGUGCAGUGGAAGAAGAACAAGAUGCUUCUUAAAGCAAGCAGAAAGUAUGAAAUGAAACAAGAUGGAUGUCUCCACCAGCUUCACAUCAGUGAGCUCGAUCCUGCAGACGGUGGAACGUACACAUGCCAGGCGGGAAGGGCGGAGACGACUGCAAAUGUCACAGUCAAAGAGCUGCCUCCAUAUUUCAAAAGGCACCUGCAGAACAUGGAGGCUGAGGAGGGAGGUACCAUCUCCCUGUGCUGUGAACUGUCUAAGCCUGGAGUGUCAGUGCAGUGGAAGAAGAACAAACUUCCUCUGAGAGCCAGCAGGAAGUGUGAGAUGAAGCAGGACGGCUGCAUGGUCCAGCUCCACCUGAAGAACCUCACUCUCGAGGACAGUGGCAGCUACACUUGUCAUGCAGACAAUGCAGAGACUUCAGCAAAUCUAUCAGUGAAAGAGCUCACUCCAUUUUUCAAACAAGACCUGAAGGAUGUGGUUGUUCAGGAGGGAGCUACAGUCUCUCUGUGCUGUGAGGUGUCUAAAGAAGGCCUUCCAGUCCAAUGGAAGAGGAACAGGCUGCCGCUAAGAGAGAACAGGAAGUACACCAUGAAGAACAACGGCUGCUUCCUCCAGCUCCAAAUCAAAGAUGCUACACCUGAAGAUGGUGGCAGCUACUCAUGUCAGGCUGGAGCUGCAGUUACCACAGCAGCAGUGACAGUGGAAGAGCUUCCUCUCUUCUUCAAAGAGAAGUUGGUAAACCUGGAAGUGGAGGAGGGAGGUACAGUCUCACUGCACUGUGAAGUGUCCAAACCUGGAGCUUCAGUUCUGUGGAAAAAGAACAAGACGCCACUGAGAGCCAACAAGAAAUACGAGGUGAAGCAGGACGGCUGCAUCCUCCAGCUCCACAUCAAGGAGGUCAAAGCUGAGGACAGUGGAAGCUACAUCUGUCAAGCAGGAAGUGCAGAGACUGCAGCCACUGUGUCUGUGAAAGAGGUUCCACCUUUUUUCAAGAAGCAUUUGCAAAGCAUGGAAGCUGAGGAGGGAGGUACCAUCUCCCUGUGCUGUGAACUGUCUAAGCCUGGAGUGUCAGUGCAGUGGAAGAAGAACAAACUUCCUCUGAGAGCCAGCAGGAAGUGUGAGAUGAAGCAGGACGGCUGUAUGGUCCAGCUCCACCUGAAGAACCUCACUCUGGAGGACAGCGGCAGCUACACUUGUCAUGCAGACAAUGCAGAGACUUCAGCAGAUCUAUCAGUGAAAGAGCUCACUCCAUUUUUCAAGCAAGACCUGAAGGAUGUGGUUGUUCAGGAGGGAGCUACAGCCUCUCUGUGCUGUGAGGUGUCUAAAGAAGGCCUUCCAGUCCAAUGGAAGAAGAACAGGCUGCCGCUAAGAGAGAACAGGAAGUACACCAUGAAGAACAACGGCUGCUUCCUCCAGCUCCAAAUCAAAGAUGCUACACCUGAAGAUGGUGGCAGCUACUCGUGUCAGGCUGGAGCUGCAGUUACCACGGCAGCAGUGACAGUGGAAGAGCUUCCUCCCUUCUUCAAAGAGAAGUUGGUAAACAUGGAAGUGGAGGAGGGAGGUACAGUCUCACUGCGCUGUGAAGUGUCCAAACCUGGAGCUCCAGUUCAGUGGAAAAAGAACAAGACGCCACUGAGAGCCAACAAGAAAUACGAGGUGAAGCAGGACGGCUGCAUCCUCCAGCUCCACAUCAAGGAGGUCAAAGCUGAGGACAGUGGAAGCUACAUCUGUCAAUCAGGAAGUGCAGAGACUGCAGCCACUGUGUCUGUGAAAGAGGUUCCACCUUUUUUCAAGAAGCAUUUGCAAAGCAUGGAAGCUGAGGAGGGAGGUACCAUCUCCCUGUGCUGUGAACUGUCUAAGCCUGGAGUGUCAGUGCAGUGGAAGAAGAACAAACUUCCUCUGAGAGCCAGCAGGAAGUGUGAGAUGAAGCAGGACGGCUGCAUGGUCCAGCUCCACCUGAAGAACCUCACUCUGGAGGACAGCGGCAGCUACACUUGUCAUGCAGACAAUGCAGAGACUUCAGCAGAUCUAUCAGUGAAAGAGCUCACUCCAUUUUUCAAACAAGACCUGAAGGAUGUGGUUGUUCAGGAGGGAGCUACAGCCUCUCUGUGCUGUGAGGUGUCUAAAGAAGGCCUUGCAGUCCAAUGGAAGAAGAACAGGCUGCCGCUAAGAGAGAACAGGAAGUACACCAUGAAGAACAACGGCUGCUUCCUCCAGCUCCAAAUCAAAGAUGCUACACCUGAAGAUGGUGGCACCUACUCAUGUCAGGCUGGAGCUGCAGUUACCACGGCAGCAGUGACAGUGGAAGAGCUUCUUCCCUUCUUCAAAGAGAAGUUGGUAAAUGUGGAAGUGGAGGAGGGAGGUACAGUCUCACUACGCUGUGAAGUGUCCAAACCUGGAGCUCCAGUUCAGUGGAAAAAGAACAAGACGCCACUGAGAGCCAACAAGAAAUACGAGGUGAAGCAGGACGGCUGCAUCCUCCAGCUCCACAUCAAGGAGGUCAAAGCUGAGGACAGUGGAAGCUACAUCUGUCAAGCAGGAAGUGCAGAGACUGCAGCCACUGUGUCUGUGAAAGAGGUUCCACCAUUCUUCAAGAAAGAACUACAAAGCAUGGAAGCUGAGGAGGGAGGUACCAUCUCUCUGUGCUGUGAACUGUCUAAGCCUGGAGUGUCAGUGCAGUGGAAGAAGAACAAGCUUCCUCUGAGAGCCAGCAGGAAGUGUGAGAUGAAGCAGGACGGCUGCAUGGUCCAGCUCACCAUCAAGGAGCUUCAGCCUAAUGACACUGGCAACUACUCCUGCUCUGCUGGAAAUGUGGAGACCUUUGCAUUUGUUCAAGUAAAAGUAGCAACACCGCAGAUUCAACAAAAGUCAGAACCUCCUCCAUUACUACCACGACUAAAAGGAAAUGCCUCUAAGCCAGCUCAAGCUCCUCCAUCAGAAGUUAACUCUGCUCCUCCUGAGCCAAAAAAGAGGUCUAACAGAAAAGCAUCGUUCACAAAUUCAGAAAAAGAUGAGGAGUUAAUUUCUGACUUUAAAGCAACUUUGCUAAAGGAGAAAAAUGAAGUCCAACCAGGCAACCAGCCAACGGAAAGAAACGUCGAGCAAGAUCUAAGGAAAUUGGAGAGGAACAAAGAGAAAGAUGGUGAGAUGCACAAGAAAACUGAAAGGGCACAACCUCAGGAGGAUUGUAGGGAUGCCAGAAAGGCUGAAGAUACAAAAAACGAAGUGUUUAUCGAAGGACGACAACCAAGAGAGAAUUUAAAAGAAUUAGUUCAAUCUGGCUUUGAAGUCAGUCUACCAGAAAGGAUUUUAGGCAAAAGUGAGGUCAAACUGAAAGAAAAGGAAGAAGAACAUAAAAGAGAAGAGAAACUGAAGCAGAAUGGAAAGGAUUUAGAAGAAUUAAGCAAAUCCUGGUUGCAGGAUAAACAGCUGAUGUUUAAAAAGAGGCAAGAGGUGGAAGAACCUGUGAAAGUACAAGGUAUCACAGCAAAGAGAGAAACAGAUCCGAAAGCUGUAGAAAAUAAAGCAAAUGCAGAUGAACCUCUAAAGCCCCCAGAAAGACUUAAGGUAACGGAUCGGUCAGUCAAAACUUUAUCAGAAGAACCUCAGAAAAGUGUCCAUCAUUUGGUAAAAGGUAGGAUGAAUGAUUCAGAAAAAGAGCACAAAUGUGUAGAAGUGUCUUCAGAGAAUCAGCAAGCCCAACCAGAAAAGCUGGAUGAGAAGACAGUGGUCUUUGCUUCACCUAAGGCACCAAAGAGGACGAGAAGCAAAGAAAGAGCGGCAUUGGGAAGACAAUUAUCAAGGGAUACAGAGAUGAAUCGAGAAGAUCAGCAGACAAAAACAUCAGCUGAAGAAAGGAUGAAGUCCAAAGAGAUUGAGGAGAAAUCAAGAUUACAGACCAACCAAAUGAUUACAACAGACAGUCAAACAGGUGGAAAAACAAAGCAGCCAAUAAAACAGAGAGUGAAACCGAUGCCAAAGGAACCUGAGAAGAUAGAGGAAAGGAAGCUGCCGCUUGAGACGACAAGAGCAAGUGAACAGUCAUCAACCACGUCCCCUGAGAUCCCUCUCCUGUUCACUUCUGAGGAUGAAACCUUCUCAGAGGCAUUGGCUGAGCUGCCAACUGUCCAGGUUCUUGCCCCCGAAGCUGAGGGACAAAGGGAACAUCUACCACCUGAGCAUUCUCCUGAAGUCAACUUUGAAGAUGAACCACAAAUGAAGGAGGCUGCCGUCAAGAUCCAGGCAGCCUUCAAAGGCUACAAGACCCGCAAGGAGAUGCGACCCUUUUUCAAGGAAGUCUUCAAGACCCAGAACGCAGACCUUCAUGGUACCCUGACUCUAAAAUGCACCGUCGAGGGAAAACCCAGCAGUGUGCGCUGGUUGAAAAAUGGCCAGCACAUCACCAACGACCAGCGAUGCCGGAUUACGACCACAGAGAAUGGCGAGUGCACACUUGUCAUUAAAAACCUGAUCGACAGUGACAGUGGGGUUUAUACGUGUGAGGCAACAAAUAAAUUUGGUUCGAUUUCCUACAACGGUAACGUCACUAUGGUAAAGUCACAGCCAGCAGCACAGAUGCCAUUACAUCCACCUCUUGCAGCUAUAACCCCUCUCCAGCUCGCUCCGACAAAGCCUGAACCUCAGAAUGAAGCACUCACAUCCGUUACUGGAACUGCAAGUUUUGUAGAGAGCUUUACCCUGUGGGAGACCUACAACCUGACAGAGCAGGACCCAGUGCCAAGACUGCAGGAGAGGAGACAGUCCUCGCUCAUCGCUGUCAGCUCCAUGUCGAGUCCAUCAGAUUAUGAAACGGCUCCAGACAUGAUGGAGACUCCUGAAACUAGGCCAAUCCUGCCCAGGGAAGUACCAAAACUUGCAGAUGAAAGCACUCUGAAUGAGAAGGAGAAGAUCUUAGCUUCACAACCUCUCAAGAAACUCUUGAAAGUUGAAGGACUCCAAGAAAGUAAACUAAGGACACCCUCUCCGAAACAACGGCGAGCCCACACCCCCAUGACCAGCACUGUGUCUGGAUCAGAAUCAGAGGAAGAAGGCGACAGGCGAGAGAUCUUUGAAAUCUACGUAGCUCGAGCCGACUGCAGCCCCACUACUGGGAACAAGGACAGUUUUAUUCUGAAGGAGGGGCAGUUUGUGGAGGUCCUGGACUCUGUUCACCCUGACAGAUGGUUGGUGAAAACCAAACCCACCAAAACGAACCCAACUCGACAGGGCUGGCUGUGUCCGGCCUAUCUGGAGAAGAAAAGGAAGGAGACCUUUCUACCUUUGAGGGCACCUCAAGAGGAUCUUGAUGGAAUCGGGUCGUCAGGAGAAGAAUACAGGAGAGCUCUAAGUCAGCUGAUCCAAGGCCUAAUUGACGGAGAAGACGAGUUUGUGAACGCCAUGAGGACUUUUAUCUCCAACCAGCUCAUCCGCCUGGAAUCCAGGCAUCAGGUCCCGGUCAACAUUCUCAGUCAGAAAGAAAUAAUUUUCAGGAACAUCAAGGACAUUGUGCUUCUGCAUGAAGGCUCCAUCCUUCCAGCUUUGAGAGAGUGCGCCACAGACGACGACGUUGCCGCUCUUCUGAUCAAACAUCGAGAAGAUUUCGAGAAGUAUCUUCACUACAUGGUGGGACAGGCACAGGCCGAGGCCUGCAUCACUGACAAGGCUGUCCAGCAGUGUUUCAAAGAGUUAAUAGGAUCUGAGAAGCUCGGCUUCCCGGUUAUGGAUGUUCUUACCUUCCUUCAACAACCAGUAGAGAGGAUUCAAACCUACCAAGCUUUGUUAAAAGAAUUGAUCAAGAACAAAGCUAAAAGUGGCCAAAGCUGCUACCUGUUGGAAGAUGCUUUCUCUGUGGUGUCCUGCUUGCCUUGGAGGUCCAACAACCUCCAUCAAGUGUCUCUCAUUGAGAACUACCCAGCCCCUCUUACAGCUCUGGGGGAGCCCGUGCGACAGGGAGUUUUCACAGUGAGAGAAGAGUCUCCUGAAAUAAAAGCAGCCUCUAGAGGGCAUCAGAGGCAAGUCUUUCUCUUUAAGGAAUGUGUUGUUCUGUGUAAGCUGAAGAAAGACUCCAACAUGAACAAAGAUACUUACACAUUUAAAAACAAGAUGAAGCUGAAUGAUGUGGAGAUACGAGAGUCUGUAGGUGGAGAUGAAAGGUCUUGGGGCUUGUGGCACGAGCACAGAGGCUCUAUUCGCAGAUACAUUCUCCAGGCCCACUCCUCGUUAGCUAAACUGUCCUGGCUGAAGGACCUAAAGGAGCUUCAACAGCGCUGCAGCCUCAACACCAACAGCUCACCAGUUUUUGAGUCAGAGCUGUUGGACUUUGUUGCAAAAAUAGGUCAAACUAUAAAACUGACCUGCAGAGUGUCUGGAUCUCCAAAACCUCUUAUCAGCUGGAUCAAAGACGGUCUUCCUUUGGAGGACGACCCGCGUCACAUCAUCACCGCAGACCGCUCAGGAAGGUGCAGUCUGAUUCUGGACAGCCUCACUCCUGAUGACUCUGGACAGUAUUUGUGCUACGCUACGAGCUGUAUGGGUAGUGCUGGCACUCUGGCUAAGGUGGUGGUGCAGGCUCCACCACGGUUUGUUAGUCGAUUGGAGAGCGCUUGCCUGAUAGAAGGAGAGGAUAUUCAGUUCUGUUGUUCCACGUUCCCCAUUCCUUUACCACGAGUCAGGUGGCUGAAAGAUGGCAGAGAGCUGACUGACCAGCACAAAUACUCCAUAGUGAGUGAUGCUCGGAGUGGUAUUUUAUCUCUGACAGUCAUCGCAGCAACAGAGGCUGAUAUUGGACAGUAUGAGUGUGAGCUUUGGAAUGAACUUGGCUGCGUGAAGUGUAAGGCCGGCCUGUGUCCUGCCUUUGUCCCGCCGACUGACAAUGAGAAGGACCAGCCGCAUGACUUACCUGCUAAAGAUGCUGACUCGGAGGGUUGGUCUGCUGCGUUUGUGAAAAAAUGGUUACAGACAGAUUUUAGCCCCACCUCUAUUGCACAGAAGAUUUUUCCACAGGGAAACUCUGAACAUCCAGAAUUGAAUCCUGAAGCUGAAGUCUCAGAACCGCAUCGUGCCGUCCAGCAUCCUCUUUAUCUAGAAGAGGAAGAGGAGGAGAUCUACAUCUCAGAGCAGAUGCAGGAUAUUACUGAUGCUCCACCCUUCAUCCAGGUUUCCACUGAGGACCUGUGUGUACAACCAGGGCAACAGGCAACAUUCACAGCGAUUGUGACAGGAAGACCUGCUCCAAAGAUACAGUGGUUCAAGGAUGGAGAGGAGCUUAUAGCGAAUGAGAAUGUAAAGAUAGUACAACAUGGUGCACGUUGCUCCAUGACCAUAGUGUGCAGUGAGGGCGAGGACAGUGGCAUAUACACCUGUUAUGCUCACAACGACUCUGGCCACGCCUGCUGUGAAGCACAGCUUACAGUUGAAGAGGGUCCACUUGAGUCUCAAGAAAGAGAGGUGGAGCUGGGUAAAAGAAGAAAACUUUUCUCCGUGUAUGAUGUCCAUGAUGAGAUUGGAAGGGGAACAUUUGGGGUGGUGAAGCGUGUCAUUCACAGAAGAACGGGCGAAGUCUUCGCUGCCAAGUUUCUGCCUCUGCGGAGCAGCAAUCGUACCCGAGCAUUUCAGGAGAGGGACCUGCUCUCCCGCCUGGCUCAUCCCAGGAUCGCCUGUCUGCUGGAUUUCUUCUGUACCAGGCGGACGCUGGUUCUGAUCUCAGAAAUGUGUUGCUCACAUGGACUCCUGGAUCAUUUGUUUCUGCAAAGCUCCGUCUCAGAGAAAGAGAUUCAGUCCUAUAUCCAACAAAUUCUCGAGGGAGUUGGUCAUAUUCACAGCAUGAACAUUUUGCAUCUUGACAUUACGCCCGAUAAUAUUUUAAUGGUUUAUCCUCCACGAGAUGAGAUCAAGAUCUGCGACUUUGGCUUCUGCCAAGAAAUAGACGCAUCCCGACAUCAGUAUAGUAUGUAUGGAACACCCGAGUUUGUUGCCCCUGAAAUUGUUCACCAAGAACCUGUCACUGUGGCCUCCGAUAUUUGGGCUGUGGGUGUGGUAACAUACCUGUGCCUGGUGGGUCGAUGCCCUUUUGUUGGAGAAACUGACCGUGCAACGCUGUUGAUGGUUGGGGAGGGAACUCUAAACUGGGACACUCCAGACGUUAACUGCAGAAGUCCUGAAGCCAAGAAGUUUCUUCGUAUGGUCCUUCAACCAGAUCCAGAGAAGCGUCCAUCUGCUUUUGAUUGUUUGAGCCAUGAGUGGUUCCAGGAUGAAAGUGCUGGAGAAGACACAGACGACAUCAACACAAGGAGUCUGAAAGUCUUCAUCUCUAAGAGGAAAUGGCAGCGUUCUCUGAUGUGCAUCGGUUCAGUUCUCACGCUCAGACCCAUUCCCGAGCUGCUGGAUUCUCCUCUCAGAGACACCUCUGUGACAGUUCCCAGAGAGCCUCAGGCGCACAGCAGCACCUCCCUGAGCAGCGGCUCCUCGUCUGAGUAUGACGAAGCGGACUCCUGGGACUUCUUCCAACACUGCAGCCAGACUGAGGAGGAGGUGGAAACAGAAGAGGAGUUUGAUCCCAUGGCGGAGAGGGCACGAAUCCCGGAGCCGUUUUCUAAAUACCAAUUUGGAGGGGAGGAUGAUGAAGGCACACUUGGGGAGGAAGAGGAUGGGGAGUUGUCGGAAAGGAGGACUGGAAUGGAGCGGAGUAUCAGCAGACAGUCCUUCGCUUCAUCAACAACAACAGAUCUAGGAACUCCUCAAAGAGAGCGUCGCUUCAGCAAAGACAGCAAUCCCUCCCUUUAUCUUUCUGAAGGGGACGAGGGGUCGGGCAGCGAUGGAGGACGGAUCCCUCGAGGGAGCGUCAUCCGCAGCACCUUCUACAACAACUCCCAACAACUUUCCCCCAUGUCUGCCAGACACAUGACAAUGAGGGACAAAUUCCAGGCAAAGAAGCAGGAGAGAGGCCGCAAACCCCUGCGGAGGAGCUUCUCGGGACGUCUCAACGAGCCUCUCAUCGAAUACGUGGAGGACGAAACCGAAACGGGUCGUAGUCAAAGGCGGGGAUCCGUCCAGGCCGCCAUGCAGAAGUCUUGCUCUUUUGACAGUGGAGUGAGCCUUGCCCAUAUUAAUCUACCACCUCACAGAAGGAGUAGGUCUCUGGAUGAGUAUUCACGAAGAUCUCCCUCGUCACCCACUCACGUCAGGAGAAGUGAUGAGGAGGGUUCUCAAAGCAUGAAGGAGGACUUCACAGAUUGUGAAGCGUCAGGAAGAACCCUGCCGUCUGCGCCGAGCUCUCAGCGAGCAACAAGAAGGAGAGGUUCUGUCGCUCCCGGACAAAGGAGUCAGACUCUGAGUGGAUCAUCUGCAGCCUCAGAUUUCAUUGCUGGAGGCAGAAUGGGGCAGGCGGAGACAGAGGGAGAAGCGCUCACUGGUUCCCAAGGCUCUUUGGCUGAGUCAUUCAUUCUAGAGCAUGGUGGCUCUGAGUCCUCAAGCCGACUUGGCUCGUUUGAGGAGCUGAGUCAUGGUCACCUGAGAGAAAGCCGCAGAUCCGGAGAGAGUGACGGAUAUGAUGAACAGGCCGAGCUCCUCCUUCCUCCGUCUCCAUGCUCAUUUCAGCGAGUAACACCCAGAAGCUCAGUGCCUCAAGCACCGCCGCGUAAUCGCACACGCUCUAACCCGAAUCUAGCUAACAGCAGGGGUCAAUCGGGGACACCUAGCCCAAGUCCCAGCCUCUGCUCGCUACAGACUCCCAACAGGCCCCCAAGAGCCCGGGAUAGAAAGGACGGCCUUCAGAGACACGCUUCCGCUCCAGCCCUCGAAGCUCCGCCCCCUUCAGGAAAGUCACCAAAACUGGGAAUCCUCAAGUUUUUCCGUAGGCAGUCCUGGACUGGUCAUUCCUACUCCCAGCUGGAUAGCACAGAGUUGGGCCCCACACUGGGAGAAAUCAUGAAACCCGAUACCCCCACCAUGUCUCUGAGAAAGAAGAUGAGAGCUUCGGCAUCCAGCCUGACAAAACUGUUUUCAAAGUCGUCCAGUAAGGAGGAUUUGAGUAAAAAAGGGCCAAUAGUAAAAGGAUCAGACCUGAUCCCACCCGAGAAAGAGCGCAGAAGUUCCCUGGAAAAGAAAAGCUCAAAGAUGUUUUCAUCUUUUAAAAUUCCUGCAUUUAAGAGAACACAAGUUCAUCCCAACAAGCCCGAGGUGCUGCAGUUGCACAGAGGUGGGGUUCUGCUGGUGUGGAGGCCCGUUCAGUCCAGUGAUCCCGUCAGUUACUGUGUACAGUACUGCACAGACGGUGGGGAAUGGACCAUUCUGGCGGAUCAGGUGACCGACAGCUGUUAUGCGGUGAAGGACCUACCAAGAGGGGCUUCUUAUGUGUUCAGGGUGGGUUGCAUCACCAAAUCAGGAUCAGGACCUUUCAGUGAAGCUUCAUCUCCUGUCGUCAUGGCGACUCACCCUGAAGAGACUCCCAUUCCUCUUGUUCAGAUUGAAUCACUGGAGUCGAAGGUCACCAUAGAAGACGGCCAGACGUCAAAGAGCUACAGCUUCCUAUCUGAGAUCAACAGGGGUCGUUUUAGUGUUCUAACCUUGUGCAGGGACGCUGAAACCAGCCAAGUGUUUGCUGCUAAGAUCACUUCUUACCAGUCAGAGCAAAGACAGCUGGUUUUACGGGAAUACCAGCUGCUGAGGAGGCUCCAUCACCCUCACCUGGUUCAGCUGCACGAUGCUCUCAUCGCCCCUUCACAUGUGGUUCUGGUGGAGGAGCUGUGUCCUGGCAAGGAGCUGCUCCACAGUCUGGCUGCCAGAGAUCUGUAUGCAGAGACUCAUGUCACAGAGUUGCUGGUUCAGAUCCUCGGCGCCGUCGACUACCUUCACAGCCGGCGGGUCGUUCACUUGGACCUGAAGUCUGACAACAUGCUGGUGGACGACUGCAACCACCUGAAGAUCGUGGACUUCGGCUCGGCUCAGUGCUUCGUCCCCGGUCAGCCGCUCCACAUCGAGCACAUUCACGGCCUCUCCGACAGCAAAGACUGCCGCAGCAAAGUCUAUAUUGUUCUUCCUAAAGCUCCUGAAAUCCUGGAAGGACAGGGUGUGGGUCCGGAGACGGAUGUGUGGGCUAUCGGAGUUCUGUCUUUCAUCAUGCUGAGUGCUGACAGCCCGUUUCAGGCGGACCACAGCAGGGAAGAGGACCGGAACAUCAAAAAGGGGAAGAUCCAGUUUGGAUGCUGCUACCCGGGUCUUUCUGAGGGAGCCUUGACCUUCAUGAAGAGCAGCCUGAACAACAAAUCCUGGGGAAGACCCACCGCCGCCGAGUGUCUCCAGAACCCGUGGCUGCGGGCCCAUCGGGCCACGCACAGAGCCAGGUACUCCAAAGUGUGUUUCUCCACCGACAAACUCAAAGCCUACCUCGAGCAGAAGGAGGAGAAGCGAGAUCAGGUGCGCACAAAGAUCCAUAGCCCUCUCCGCUAGAGAAAUGACGCCAGACUGGAGGUUUCCUCUCUAUCUUUCAUGAAUUCGCAUCCAGAUGGAUCCAGAAGAUAAUUGUUUUUGUCCCUUGUUUCAAAAUGGGUCUUAAGACGUCUUCCUGAGUGUUUGUGUGUGUUUUUUAUGCUUGGUUUUAGAAGAAAACAUAUCAGGGAUGAAGCUUUGCUGAAAUCCAGGCGGCGCAGCGACGCACGAGCUGCAGAAUCUGACCUCAGAAAGUGAUGCAGUAACGCUGAAAAGAAUGCAUGUUUUCUUUUCUUUGAAGAUAAAUGUAGUUUUUCAACUUUGCAUGAGCCGUCAUACAUUUUAAAGGCAAUAGAAGUUUCUUAAAUUCUUUAAAAAUUCUGGGUAAAUCACCCAUCCCUGUAAACCCGAAAAGUGAAAAAUAUUUAUUAAAAGUCUCAGAAAUGUGAUGAA